GUUAUAUGAAGUUUUCGGUAUUGAUCGAUCUGUAGCUUCUUCUUUCUAUCUCGUGAAUGGUUCUUAUUUGGUGUUUUUUUGGCUCGUCUGGACUUCCUUCUAGGGUUCAGUCUUUUUUUUUUUUUUUUUUGUUUUUCUUACAGAUUUACGUUGAUUCUGCAGUAGAAAUGUUAAUAGAGUAAGAAAGAAGCUUCAAAGUCUGAUCUGAAGUUUCACCGAAUCAAGGUUUAAAGAAGCGAAGAGAAAUGGCGUCGUCGUCCAAUUCUCCGUGCGCAGCGUGCAAGUUUCUUCGGCGAAAGUGUACACAAGAAUGCGUGUUUGCUCCAUAUUUCCCACCGGACCAACCAACAAAGUUUGCUAACGUGCACAAGGUAUUCGGCGCAAGCAACGUUGCCAAGAUCCUCAAUGACCUACCCCCGGCGCAUAGAGAAGACGCAGUGAACUCACUGGCCUACGAGGCAGAGGCGAGGCUUCGAGAUCCUGUGUAUGGCUGUGUGGGUCUAAUCUCACUCCUACAACAAAAGCUGAAGCAUGUCCAUUCUGAUUUGACCAAUGCCAAGAAAGAACUCGUGAACUACAUAGGCCCAUCAGCGAUGCUUCCUCUCAGCCAUCAACAACAUCCUCAACAUCAGCUCAUGUACCAACAACACCCAUACCAGAACCCUUCUUCCAACAUGGUUCCCUAUGGAAUGCCCCAGGUAGAGAUGAAUAUGUCGCCACAAGCCCAAGCACAGGCCCAGCUAUUAUUGCGGGAGCAACAACAGCAACAGCAGAUGAUGGAAGCACAGCAUUUAGCCGCAGUUGUAGCUGCUAGAGAGCAACAGGAGAUGAUGAGGAGCUACGCAGAGCAGCAGCAGCAACAGCAGCAACAACAGCAACAACAGAUGAUGGAGGCACAACAUCUAGCCGCAUUAGUAGCUGCUAGAGAGCAACAUGAGAUGAUGAGGAACUACGCACAGCAACAGCAGGUUCAGCAGCAGCAGGCGCUUGACAGGUUCAAUAGUGGCUUUGAUGGGACUACCAGGGUAACUGAGGGAGAUGGUGUUGAAUUUAAUCAGUUGAGCACGGCGGCGAUAACUUCUUCCUCCUUGGCUUUGGUUCCAUUAGACAAUCCCUUCCAUGUCCAGCAACCGCAGCAAGAGCAUCCACAUCAUUAUCCACACCCGCAGCAGAGAGAUCUGAACGAUGAGGUUAACAGCCUUCAUCUGUCUUCUUAAUUCUGGUCUUCCUCUUUGCCUGCCAUGGCUUUUCCUUUGAUCUCGGCUUGCUUGCU